UCAGUGAUUUGAAGGCCUGUGGGUCAUUGGUCAUUGGUCCAAAGGACCCUCAAGCAUCUCAGGCUCAAGCAGCCGCCUCCUUCUUUGCCACAAAAACGCCACACAUCAUCAAUCCGACGACUUGGCGGACUGCGGAUGAGACACUCCGUUCAGCAGGAGAAAAAAAGGAAACAACUUUUGGUCAGGAGAAUGCUUCCAGAGUCUGAUGGGCGGUUAGGUGAUCUGGGGUAAAGUGAUCUUUGCGAGUGGAUUAUCGAUAAGUGGAAAAAAGGAACGCGUCCUUGGCAUUAGUUAUUUAUAUAUUCCUGUAAAGCGGCUGGGAUGCGAGAGAGACGCCACAGCGGUGAGGAUUGCCCGCUCUGAACCGGAGGAGUCACCGGCAGAUGAUGUCCCAGAGUGAGAGUGCUUCCAGAGGAGACGAAGGAGGAUGAAGAAGGUGGCAGAGGGAUCGAGAGCGGCAGAGGUGGAAUAUAAUGAAGUUGAGUGGGAAAGGACUGUGCACCGUCUUCUCCAGCACCCUCCUCUUCGUGUGCGCCCUGAGCGAAGUUGUCGUUGGAUUAAGAUGCGUGUCGUUGGGAUCUACGGUGAAAGCGCAUUUCCACCUCGGGUCCGCGGCCGGGGCUUUCUACUCCGGGCUACUUGUGGGAGUCGGGCAGGUCUUGCUGGGCUCCGCGCUGCUCUUUUGCAUGGAGAAGCCCGGCUGCAGGAAUUUCUUUCUCCUCGGUGUUGUGGUCUUCUUGUUGGGAGUUCUCACCGCCUUCUCCGGCGCGGUGGUGGACGGGGACACGGCUUCUCUGGUGGAGAGGAAAUAUUCCCAUUACUGCUUCCACUCUGUGGUUGUGAACCCUGCCUGCGAGCAGCUGAGGGAUUACCAGCGGAGUCUGAUUGUCUCCACUGUUCUCAGCACCUUGGAGUGCGUCCUCGGGCUCGUCAACCUGGUGGUCAUCAAAAGGUACAAAUCAGAGCAGUUUUCUAGGAGCCGCCAGUCUCAGAGGCAGCGCGCGGGCGCGAUCAUCUUCAGCGAGGAGCGGGACUGCUCCUCGGCGGAUUUCCAACCGGUCUCUUACAUCAAUUUGGGUGUUUUUAAUAUGUUUGACGAGACAGGUGCAGAAGUGCAGUGCGGGGGACACCCGUCAAUCGAGCUGCCGGGAUACUCGCCCACGGACCCGGAGCUCAAUCAUUGCUUCCCUUUCUCUUACCCGCUCCCCAGUGAACUGCCGCCCGCAUAUGAAGACAUUUUCCCCGCUGAGGCAUGCAACACAUAGCCGCCCUGGAGCAGCCCCUUGCAGCGCUUUCCUCUGCUGUGACAAUCAAUACCUUUGUGCUUCUCCUCUCCCAACACCCCCCAAAAACCACCUACAUCUACCUGGUAGCUUAUAGUGUACAUCACCGGUCAGACUGAUGAAGAGGAACAGAUCAAAGUGAUACAGGCCCAGGCAGAUCAAGGCCCAUAAACGCAACAGCUUGCUUGUAUAACAAAAGCAGAGUUUGUGUUUUGAAUGUUUGCUGUUAACAUUUUUACUUGUGAAUAAAAAGUGUAUUUAACCUCA